AUGCAAUUCUCCAGCUCAGCCAGGGCAGCGGAUGAGAACUUUGACUAUUUGUUCAAGAUUAUCCUCAUCGGGGAUUCCAAUGUGGGCAAGACGUGUGUCGUGCAGCAUUUCAAGUCCGGGGUCUACACGGAGGCACAGCAGAACACGAUCGGGGUGGACUUCACUGUGCGUGCCCUGGAGAUUGACGGCAAGAAAGUGAAGAUGCAGGUGUGGGACACCGCCGGCCAGGAGCGUUUCCGGACCAUCACCCAGAGCUACUACCGCAGCGCCCAUGCGGCCAUCAUCGCCUAUGACCUCACCCGGCGGUCCACAUUCGAGUCUGUUCCUCACUGGAUUCAUGAGAUAGAGAAAUACGGAGCAGCGAACUUGGUCAUCAUGCUGAUUGGGAACAAGUGUGACCUGUGGGAAAAACGCCACGUUCUCUUUGAGGAUGCCUGCAUCCUGGCUGAGAAAUAUGGCCUCCUGGCUGUUCUGGAGACAUCUGCCAAGGAGUCCAAGAACAUCGAUGAGGUCUUCGUGCUGAUGGCCAGGGAGCUGAUGGCCCGCCACAGCCUGCCCUUGUACGGGGAGGGUGCUCCAGGCAGCCUCCCGCUGGAGUCCACUCCGGUCCUCAUGGCCCCAGCUCCGAGGGAGAAGAAUCAGUGCACCUGCUGA